AUGGCGGGCGCCGCUGAGCAGUUCCGCUUCUCCGACCUUCCCCAAGAUAUCCGUUUGAUCGUUCACGACUACCUGUGCCAGGAAAAGGUGUGUUACCUGUGCCAAAAGAACACAAAGAAUGGAGCGAGCUCAGUGCUCACCUCGAUUUGCUGCCUGGACUACGACCCUAAGAUACACGUCGGGCUUCUUUAUUCGUCGAAGGUUUUCAGCGAGGAGAAUACUGCCUGGGUUGUGGUUCACAAUGCGACUGAAGUAUAUGCAGAGAUUCACCGCGCAAGGACGCUUUUGUUCGGAUAUGCGGGAUACGUGGGGGCGGAUUUCCAGACCAGCGCGAUGUUGGGUGUUCUUGAGACAGUCACGAAGCAGGGCAUGAACAUUGGAAUGGCAUGUGUGGGAAAGGACGCGAAGCACGUAGAAGAGAUGCAAGGCCAGCGGCCGUCUGCAGACGGCACAAUCAGCAGCAUAACCUUGCAUCCAUCUCGAUACAGUCGUGGUGUCAAGCUGGAAGCGGCGAUAGCUUCAUCAAUGACUCUAGCAAUCGUUGAUGAGUGGUAUUCUUUGCAAUCGGGCGGGCCGGUCGAGGGCUGCAGGACGCUGGCCUUUGAGACGCCUCGGCCAUAA